AUUCAGAUUAACUGCGGUCUAUUAUAUAUUAACCGCGGAUUCUUAUGGGUAGCUACGAUCUGUAAAUAACAACAUUAACUGACGUUCGUUCCCGUACCGUCAUCUCCAUUUCGUUUAUUGCAUUGCGAAAAUGCCAGGUGGGUAGAAAAUUAAUAGAUUAUAUAUGCUCAAGUAUUAAUCUAAAAAAAAGACUCAGAAAAAGUUUAUACGUCUGCUGCGAUGUCUGUGAUUACCGUUUCUGUGAAUGGAUUAUUGUAAUGAUUAUUGAUUAUUGUAAUGGUAGGAGUAGGAAUGACCAAUGCCGAUGGUCUGGACGUGACGUGGGGUGGGGGCGGAGGGGUAGUAAUAGCCUUAAAAUAUUACUAUUACUAAACAAAAUUAAUAAUAGGCUUAGGCCAGUAUAUAAAAAUUACUCCCCUUUUCAUAAUAAUAGGUCGUGCCCAUUCAUUCAUUAAUUCUUUGGCCUGUUGACAGUUGAAUGUUGUAAUUUACUAAUGACUAAUGGCGUCAUUGAAACCUGAAAAUAUAUCACUAUCAGUUAUUAGUAUCGCAGAUACUUUCUACUGUAAAAUGUUUGUAAAAUAAUUCUUCACCCAAUUAUUUGUAUUUGGUGUAUUUUAAUCUUUUGGAAUCACAAUUGCUUAAACUUAAAUCAUUAUCAUUAUCUACAUUCUACAUUAUUUAUUUAAAUUUAAGAUCUACUAGAGACUAGAUAGAUAGAGUGAUUAAAAUUACUUGAACAACUUUCUUAUUUAUUUACUUUCUAUUUAUUAGUAAGUCUUAUAGUUAUAGUACUUAAAAUAGUAAGUUUUAGAAGGUUUUUUUUCAAAUAUAAAAUUUAAUCUAAAAUUAAAUUAUCUUGAAUUUUUUUUCUCAAAUCAAAUGAAUGCCUGCAACAGUUGCAAAUUCAAAUCCAGCAAACUAUCAGUCAAUUCAUGAUGCUGUUAGAAAGAGUGACGUUUUGCACCUAGAGCUCAUGGUAAAAAAUGGUGCCAGUGCCAAUGAAGUAGAGCCAAAAGACAAAUUUACUCCACUACACACUGCCUGUAAUGCUGGUGCUCUAGAGGUUUGUAUGUCAUUUUUUUUUUUUAAACUUAAUUAUUUGAGAGUAUUAUUAAAUUUUAAAUACAUUUUUCUAUUAUAUAUUUACAGCUGGCUAUUACAAAAACAAAUAUACAUUGGCUUUAUCAAUUUUAUACAUUUUAAUAGCAUAAAUCUCUGUAGUAAGUGUUAAUUUUAUUCUUUUUAACUAGCUAUUUUGAAAUUUAAAGUUGUAUUGGUGACCAUAGUUCUAUUGUUCUGCUAAAAAUAUUUUAAUUAUGUAUAAGUAUAUGUUAUUGAAUAAAUCAUUUAAAUGAGGAGUUAAUGCAUAAAUAACAGUUUGCUUUCUCUUAUUGAAUUACACGUUUUUAACAAACUUCUGCUAAGCAAGUAUCCCAAUAGGUUUAUUAGAAGAAGUUAAUAAAAUUCACAGUAUUGUUUUACUUUGAACAUCACUACAAUUUUAUAAUCAAUAUAUAGUAUAUUUUCCUAUUAUUGUUUCUUCUGUCAGUGUGUUCACUGGUUAUUGUGGCAUGGAGCAGAUCCCACUGUCACAACUCCAAGAGGCUGGACUCCAGCACAUAUUGCUGCAAUUAGAGGUUUUGAGAAUUGCAUAGAGGUUUGUAAAAUAAUUAGACUAAAAAACAUACAUGGGAAACUUGAUUGUUUGGGACAGGAGUAUAACAUUUUAAAGGCUCAAAAACAUCAUUGGUGGAAAGUGAAGUCUUAAAGUGAAUAAAUAAUGAUAUAAAAAUAAUUUUCCUAGAUAUAUUUUCUUGGAUAAUGUGCCAGACCUGUCAAUCUCCUUCAAUGAAUUCUGUAUUCCUGAUAAAUUUUUAAAUUUAAUUUUGUUCAAAAACUACUUUGCCUUUAUUUUUACAAUGAUUUUUAAAACUUAUUCCACAUUUUUUUCAGGCAUUGGCAAAUAAUGGUGUCAGCCUGUCUGCAAAAGACUCAAGGGGACAGACACCACUUCACUUGGCAGCAGCUCAUGGUCAUUCCUUUUGUUUAAAUACCAUUCUUCGAUCUGGUGCUGUAAGUAUAAAAUAUGCAUUAACUCAUUCCCUACUGAGUUUUGUCUGUGUUAGGACUGACUAAAAAUUAUGGUGCAUGAAACAUUUAAUUCUGCAGACUGAAGACAAUCAAUAUUUUUUCAAACCUAUUAAUAAUAUAGCAUUGAUAUCAAUGGAAAAAGAAAUUAAAGCUGGGUUGAAAUAUAAAAUAAAAUACAUAUAUAUAAUAUAUGGCUUAUUUUUAUUCAUGGAAAGAAAGUUGUUUUAAAAUGUUCUUUAGUCAUAUACACAAAAUAAAAUUUUUAUGCAUAACAUUCUUUGUUAUUUUUUAGAAAAUAUCCUUGUUUCAUUACACUGGAAAUGAAAGUUUGUUUUAAUUUAUAAGUGAAAAAACCCCCACCAACAAAAACUUUUAAAACUGAUUGAGUUAGCUUUAAUAACACAAAAAUUACAUAAUAUUAUAUAGAUCAACAAAUUGACACUUCAUUUGUAAUUAAUUUUCUGAAUCUGAUAUACACCUAAAAUAUUUUAAACAAGGCAUUACUGUCUUUUAAAUGGAAUAACUUAAACUCGAUUCUAAUUUUUCAUAUCAGUCAGUCAAAUUUUUUUCAAAAUUAAUUAUCAAUAUCAGGAUGUGAGAGUUGUAGACAACAUGGGCUGGACCCCUGUCCAUGCAGCUGCCUAUCAUGGGAGACUGGGAUGCAUUCAACUCCUGCUAAAAUGGGGAGGUGUGCCGGAUGAAGUUGACAACAAUGGGAACACGCCAGGUAGAACUUGUCUUGAAUGUUUCAGGGUUUCACCGUUCCAUUAUUUACAUAUUAAACUAUAUCUAAUGUUAUUUAUUUUUUAAAACAUUUUUAAAUUUAAAAGACUAUAUUUAGGACAUUCAUUAAAAGACUAUAUUUAGGACAUUCAUUAAAAGACUACAUUUAGAAAAUUCAGUACAAAACUAUAUUGAGGACAUUCAAUAAAUGAACUAAAAUUGCUUUGCAUAAGUUAUUCUUCUCACUGUACUCUCUAACUCCACCUAUUUGUUUUUCCUUCUCUUAAAAGCACAUUUAGCUGCAGCAGAGGGUAACCUCCCUUGCCUCAAGUUUCUUGUUUGUAACAAUGGUAAUGCCCCUUCUGUACUCUCCGCUCGCAACGAUCAUGGGGAGACUCCGAAAGAUCUUGCCCAGCAGUUUUACAAGGAUAACAUUUUGGAGUAUAUAAAACACAUUGAAGAUGAACAGGAUAACCCAGAGGAUGGGGAAAGUAGGUCAUCAGCGAAGUAGAUUUGUGGAUUCAUCUUUGCUUUGGUUGAGUUUAAACUUUAACCAUUAUUUUCAAAUCUGUCUUUUUUUAUAACAAAAGUUACUGAAGCAAAGAUUCACUUUUGCACAAUUAUUGAUUUAUUUAAUUUUUUUAAUGUAUUAUAUAGUUAAUUGGUUAAAACUUGUUGCAUCUUUUACACAAUCAGCAAAUAUUAAACAAAAUCCCCUUUGAUGAAAAUCAUUACCCUUCAUUGGUAACUUACAGCGGUAAUUAAAAAUGACAAUGUUAUUUUUCAUCAUUACCUCUGAUCCUCACCCAUGACAGUUUUUUUGUGUGAUCAAAUUCAUUUUUUAAUUUCAGAUUUGUCCUUCCCUGCUCAUGUAGCGGCUUACAAUGGAGACCUUGACCAUGUCAGGAUGUUGGUUGAGAACGGUGUUAUCAAUAUUAAUGAAAGGGACGAUAAGGGGGCCACACUUGCUCACAAAGGUAAAUUUAGGGUGUUUGACAAUUCUCCCUUAGGCCCCUAUGUAACUUAAGAAGUGGUUAAAAGAUUAAAAGAAUUUUCUAUAAUAUAUAGAUUUGUCAUCUUUGACUCAGAUGUGACUCAUCAAAGUGGCAUUUUUGCGGUCCACUGUAUUGCAUGAGUGUAAAUUAUUUAAGUGUCUAGUAUGGACCCAUUCAAUGUGUACCAAUAAUUAUAAAAAGACAAAGAAAACGAUAGACACAUGCUUAAUGGAAAUGAUAAAGAUAUAAAGGAAAUGUUAUUUGUUCUUGUUACUUAAAGAUAGAAUUUUUGUCUGAGGCGUGUCUGGGGUGGAGGAGUUUGCUGUAGAAAUUCCAGUGUGUGUGGCAAACACUAGUACUUUCCACUCCAACCUCCUCCACCACUUUUUUUUUUCCUAUUUCCCUAAAGUUUAACAGCAGUCAACUUAUGAUACAUAAAUAAUAGCUGUCUGUCUUCCUUCCCUGUUGACAAUCCUUGCAGCUGCUGGCCAGGGACACAUCCACAUCCUGCAAUGGCUUUUAGAAAUGGGAGCCAACAUGAACAUCACCAACCAAGCUGGUGAAACACCUUGCGACGUUGCCAGGAGAUUUGCACAGCUUGCUUGUGCCAAACUUUUGGGUGGAGCCAGUUCAGGUAAGCCUGAACAGUUGGAACUGAGGACUCUAUGACAUUCACAAAUCCAAGUUGAGUAGAUCCCACAAAAGAUGUUUACCACUUCAGAUAAAAAUAUAAAAGCAUUCAAAGUCACCAAUUCAAAAAUUUUCAGGAAAUUUUUACAAUUUUAAAUUUUUAGGUUAGAUAAGUUUGUAAGACUUGGCAUCUACAAUAAAUGAUGAAUAAACUUUUCAAAUAAUUAAUAUUGUAUGUUACAUAUUUGUUUAAAAAAGGACUCUUAGAAAUUGUGGUAUUUCAUCAAUAAUUACUGUGCAACAGAUAAUGAGGGACAACUUGCAUUUUAUUAUUUUAUAAUUCUUUUUUUUUUAAAAUAAAUUGAAAUAAAUAUUAUUUUGUUAUUAAUUGUGUUAAAUUUUCAUGUUGGACAAAUUCUUUUAAAUUUCCUUAUAAAUGGUGCUAAAAUUAUAAUUCCUUUAUUGCUAGUAAUUACUAUGCUGAUUUUCCUUAUAGAAAAUCCAUAUUUAUAAUACUCUCUCAUCAAGCAGCAGUCACAAUGUUAAAUCUUUCUUUUUUUUCCCCACAGAUGAAGCAGAAGAGCUGGUGGUUGGAUUAGAGAGUGAAGGAGAAGAGGAGGAGGAGGGAGAUGGAGUAAAAAGGAAAGCAAGGAGGUCAAAAAAGGCUCAGGAUAAUGCAAAAGGUGACAGAGAGAUUGGAACUUAUAAUAAUAAUAUUUUUGUUUUUAGAAAGGAUGAGAACAUGAUAUACUGAGAACAUGAUAUACUGAGAACAUGAUAUACUGAGAACAUGAUAUACUGAGAACAUGAUAUACUGAGAACAUGAUAUACUGAGAACAUGAUAUACUGAGAACAUGAUAUACUGAGAACAUGAUAUACUGAGAACAUGAUAUACUGAGAACAUGAUAUACUGAGAACAUGAUAUACUGAGAACAUGAUAUACUGAGAACAUGAUAUACUGAGAACAUGAUAUACUGAGAACAUGAUAUACUGAGAACAUGAUAUACUGAGAACAUGAUAUACUGAGAAUAUGAUAUACUGAGAACAUGAUAUACUGAGAACAUUAUAUACAGAGAACAUGAUAUACUGAGAACAUGAUAAACUGAGAAUAUGAUAUCCUGAGAACAUGAUGUACUGAGAACAUGAUGUAAUGAGCAUCUAAUGCUGAGAAAACAAUAUGUUGUAAGUAUUUAAAUUCUUAAUUAGGCUCCAUAAUUUAGUGUUAUGGGGGGAUAUCAUGAGAUGUAAGACUGUGUACUGAGAAACCACACCUCUGGCUACCUCAUUACAUUACAUAAGCUACCUCAAUACCUGGCUACCUCAUUACACAAGGUACCUCAAUACCCAAGCUACUACAUGACUCGAGCUACCUCAUUACCCAAGCUACCUCAAUACCUAAAUACCACACUACCCAAGCUACCUCAAUACCCAAGCUACCUCAGUACCUGGCUACUUCAUUACAUUACAUAAGCUACCCCAAUGCAUGGCUACCCCAUUACACAAGCUACCUCAAUACCCAAGCUACCUCAUUUUGCAAGCAACUUUAACCCAUAAAUCAGUGUUACUGCUUGUAAGAAUGUGAGGGAAAGAGUUAAAAUAAAACUUUGUGGGUGCUUCCUCUAAAAUAAUAGAACAUAAAAACAGAGCUCAGUGGCAUUACUCUUUAACUAGUUCCAAAAGGUCUAGUGUGCAACUUUAACCAAUGACAGGAAUGUUACUCAAUAGAAAAAAAAACUAUUGGGGGGGGGGGGGAUUCCCAAGAAAUAUAGAACAUAAAAACAGAGCUCAGUGGCAUUACUCUUUAACUAGUUCCAAAAGGUCUAGUGUGCAACUUUAACCAAUGACAGGAAUGUUACUCAAUAGAAAAAAAAACUAUUGGGGGGGGGGGGAUUCCCAGGAAAUAUGUCUAAUGUUACUAUUUCAAAAUAGUUACUCUAAUAUUAAUUUAAAUAACAACAGGAGAUAAAUAUAACCCCCUUCACCAUCUCAUCACUCAGGUCGAGCUAAAAUGAAGGUGGACGAGCUUGAACAUUUACUGGACAUUGCGAAAAAGAAUUACGUACAACUGGGAGGAUCUCUAGAGGAGGACAGGAAGCGACUGAGAGAAAUAAGGGACAAAGACCAGUAAGUUUUGGAAUGACCCUUUCAGUAGCCAUUUUAACAAUGCAGACAGACAGUUAAUUUUAAAAAAAUGUGAUAUUAAAAAAAAAUGCUGUCUAAGUUCUUGUCUUGUUUUGCGGAGAUUAAGAAUGUCAAUGUAUCUGGCAUCAGCCCUUUUGAGUACAACCUGUUUUUAAAAAAAGAACCUCAUAGAAACCCAUCAGAGACGUCUCAUGGACACCGCCGCUCAUAGAAAUUUCUCAUAGAAAUUCCUUAUGAAACCCCUAAAAACCUCUCAGAGAAAGCCGUCUUAGAAAUCCCUCAUUAAAAUACCCCACAUAGUAUAGACAUUCUCAUAGAAACCUCUCAAAGAAAUCCUCAUAGAAACCUCUCAAAUACAUUCUCAUGGAAAUAUCUCAAAGAAAUUCCCAUAGAAGCCCUUCAUAAAUCCCUGACUUAAUGUACUUCUCAUGUUGCCUGUAACAGAACCAUCAAUGAGCUGGAGGCCCAGCUGGACUAUGAAAAACUUAAGAGGGAAAAGCUUGAGGCACAGCUGGACCAGUACAGACGAGAAAUUGGAUACCUCAGCUCACAGAUUGAGAACAUGCAGAUAAGCAUGGUGAGUGACCUGAUUUCCAAUGAUGUAUAUUUUAUCUGGUGCUAGCAUAAUUUAAAAUAAAGGGGUGUCAUUUUGGGGGGGCUAUUAUGUUCCAUAAUCCGCCACACUAUUUACAAUAAAUCAAAUAAGUAGGGUGAAAUCCGACAUGUGUGCACGUUACGAAUUCUGUUAAAAGCACUUGCUUUCAUAUUCCAGGCUGUUGAAGAGCCAGACCACCAUGGUGAAAGGAACAAGAAGAAGAAACAGAGGAAGAAGAGCUACGACGAUGGAGGCAUCUUCAUCAAGCGCAACCUAUCCGCGCCCAACAAAGGGACGAAAUUUAAGAGGGUCCUGUAAGUCAGGCUGGCUUACUGCACCCAUUUCAUGUACCACAACAUUUCUAAAUAAUUGUUUCAUAGAUUUAUUAUUAGAUUCCACAAAUUUAAGCAAGAAGAACAAUGCAUCUUUUCAAAGGUUUUACAACAGGAGAUAAAAAGAGUGACAUCUUUUGAUCCAUUCAUGAUAUAUUUUUAUUUGUCUUUUCAUUUGUCUUUUUUUUGUUGUAAUUUUUAUUUGUCUUUUUUUUUGUGUCGCCAUGAAUGACUAUAAAUUAAAAUAUUAUUUUUAAUGAAUUUGAAGUAAGUACCUCAUCAUUUUUUUUAAACACAAUCAUUUAUAAUAAUAGUUAUUGGCUGGAACGACACAGUUUUUGUUAUUACAAAAGAAAUAGUUUUCUUCCAUGUGUGAUGAAAGUUAUAAGCAAACCAAUUCUGGUGAGUGGCAUCAUUUUAACAAUGUUAUUAAAAGACAAAUGUCUGAAUCUCUACAAUGAAUAGAUACUUGAUUUCAUUUUUAAAUAUAUCUCUUCAUAACAUAGCAAUUCUUUACUUAAACUAUUUUUAUCGUUACGCAUGAAAGUAAUUUUUUUUAAAAAUAAUAUAAUGCAUGAGAAUGGGUGUUUCUUAAAUGUGCCAAAGAAUUUAAAUUAAAAGAAAAGUAAAAUUAUUUCCCCCCUAGUCCUGGUUUUGUAAAGACCUAUAAAAAUGUAGAUUUUUGUGUUGCAGCUGAUAUUUUUAUUUUUAACUUUUGAAUUCAUGUCAAUUACUUUUGUGUCACUGUAUAAAAAAAAAUGCACUUGCAUUAUUUGCUUUAAUCGUAUCAAAUCAGCCAUUCAAAUUCCACCCAAGCUGUAAAAUUGGUGAAGCUAUAGAUCUGCAUUGGUCAUGACUAGAGGCGGGGGUUUUGCAAGGAGUUAGGUUCAGGCAUUCUGUAUUAAGAUUACGCAGACUCUUUUCUAUGGGAGAGUUUGGGGAGGCAACUCAAUAAAGAUCCAAAUCUGAGUUAGUGGCUUUUAUAUCAUGAUUAUUUUCAUGUGAUAAUUUUUGACAUUUACAGGUUAGACAUUAUAGAAAAGUUAUUUUUCAUUCAAGUUUCUAACAAAGUACUUCUCUGAUUAUUUGAUGAUUUAUUUUUUUUACUUGAAGAGACAAUUGUAAAAGGAUGUAAAUAAAGGAUGAAUAAAAUUUGAUUUAAUACAAGUGAAAUUUGUAAACAUUGUUUAUGUACAAUUGUAUAUCAGCUAAAUGUCAGACAUAAAACAUUAGCUAAAUGUCAGACAUAGUAAAAUUAGCUAAAUGUUAAACACAAAGCAUUAGCUAAAUGUCAGAUGCAAAACAUUAGCUAAAUGUCAGACACUAAACAUUAGCCAAAUGUCAUGGACAAUACAACCACUGAAUAUCAAUACAUUUUAACGUUGUCAGACAUUCAUAUAACAUAGGCCUACUGCUAGCUGAUGGUUAAAUUACAGAUUGAAGGAGAGGAGGAGCUGGGGUCAAUAGUCCUACAGGCAUUAUACAUAAGUUAAAUCUGUAUAUAAGCUUAACUUCAGACAUUUGGGCAUUAUAAUUGUUUUAGUGUCAAAUGUUUAGCUACUACACACCAGCUUAAUGUCAGGCACUUCAGACAUUUGGCCAUUUUAUAUUGUUUUAGUGUCAGAUGUUUAGCUACUAUACACCAGCUUAAUGUCAGGCAUUUGUCAUUAUCUAAAUGCCUGGCAUUAUAGUAUGUUAAAUGCCACAUGUAAUACACCAGUUAUAUGGCAGAUAUUUCAGCGCU